CGAUCGGCGGGAUGCAAUCCUUUGGCGACGACGACGUGGAUCACGACGACCUCGCGGCCGACCCGGCCCCCAUGUACUUGGAACUAGGAUCGACGUCGCUGGAUAUGAUGCAGAUUCCCAUGCCUCUAGACAUUCCAUUUCCAGGAAGCACUGCAGGUGGCACGGCGUCGACGCCAGCCCCUACCGAGCUCGAGCUCGCGCAUGUCAUGUACACCGAUGACCUGAUCGACUAUUCCUCAAGCGGUCACAUCCGACAGCGCGGUGCCAAUCGGCGAGACAUCAAGAUAGCACCCGUCGCGCGCUAUUUCCCACUCGUGCCUCCAUCGUCGUACACCUGUCCUGGAAACAACAUCAAGUCGAUCCAACAGCAGUUCGCGCUGCGACUCGCAUUUCUCCGCGACCCGCAUCCCACGCGUGAAAUGCUCAUCGAAAUGAGCGUUCGCUUUGGCCUUCCUUCCCAAGAAAUCACGACGUGGUUCAAGACAGAGCGCCACCGGUUCAAGAAGCAAGGUGGCAUUGUGCUUGCAGGCAACGCAAGUUCCAACGCAUGGCACAUGGCGAUGCAGGGCCUACCCAUUUCGUCCGCCUACCCUGUGGCUGCUUCUGCCAAAUCUGCCGCGUCGGAAGUCGAGAAGCGCGCGGCCCGCGCCGCCGACACGCGGCGGAUGCUUUCCCCCUACCAACUCAAGCGCAGUCGCGCAUGGGCCGAAGAGUAUGCGCUGCUUGCAGACGCUAACGAACGUGCGUUCCGCGUCCGUCAGCUUGUUGAUCGCCAAGACGCACGGCUGAAGAAGGAAUUUCGCGCGGCGGUCGUCGACGAACCGUCCCUAGGCCUCCGCACCGACCAGGAAUUCAAGGCGAGAAAGUCGUGUGCGGAUCCGAGCUGCAGUCGCGAGGUCGUGGCCGAGCGCGCCGACAGUUGCUGGGAGUUUAUGCGGGCCCGGUUCGGAUCAAACUUGCACACGUCUGCCGAGAAAUACGUAGACAACGAUGGAAACAUCCUCCUCGAUGCAGCGCUCUUGACAGGGCUCGAAGUCAUGUUUCUGCGGCACCGAGACUAUUUUAUGGCGCUCGCCCAUCGCUUCCGCGUCCAAGAUACGUUUGCAGAAGUGAGCCAUAAACGCCAACGGACUGCCACGAACGACGUUGCGCGCCCCCCAGCACCGCCUCAAGACACCCAAGUGUAGAAUUCGACGGAGUGUUUGCCGUGACGAGAUGUGAAUGAAGCAGCUGCAAAUGCACGUGCCGCAUGGAGUUGCAAAGUCGCCAACAGGGCUGAUUUUCACAUCCCUUUGCAGCGCACGCACCAGGA